AUGGUCCCAGCUGGCCGGGCAGGCGCCCGUCCCCCGGUGGUGACCGUGGGGGAAGAGGAGCCCGAGGAGAACCCGAGCAAGGAGGAGAAGCAGGAGCCGGGGACGCCCAUGAGGAAAGCCGGGCGGCCCGGGCGGAAGCGCAAGCAUGCCCAGGUGAGCCAGCAGGCACCGGGUGGGUGGCAGUGCGUGUCCCCGUGGGGCUGUCCUGCCCUGUGGCCACAUUGCACCGUGCCCACUGGGGUCAGCUGGCAGUCACGGGGUGCUGGGACAGGGCGCACGGGGCUGAGGACACUCGUGGCUCGUCCCUUCCGGGCCAUGGGGGAAGAGGAGCCCGAGGAGAACCCGAGCAAGGAGGAGAAGCAGGAGCCGGGGACGCCCAUGAGGAAAGCCGGGCGGCCCGGGCGGAAGCGCAAGCAUGCCCAGGCGGAAAGCAGCGACACCCCCAAAGACACCGCGGCCGUCCCCAAGUGUCCCCCGCCCUGCCCGGAGGCCAGUCCCGCCGAGCCGCUGCCCAACGGGGACGUGGAGGGGGACGCGGAGGAGGCCGGGGCCAGCCCCAAGGGCGGCCGGCCCGAGGAGGACGAGACGGAGAGCCUGGCGGACGGAGAGACGGGCCGGGCGCUGGAGAACGGCCGCUGCACCCCCAAGGAGGGGCUGGACGCGCCGGCCGAUGAGGCUGGGAAGGAGCUGGAAGAGGCAGAGAUAGAGAUGGAAGAGGGCUCGCGCGGGCGGCUCCGCGGCGGGCUGGGCUGGGAGUCGAGCCUGCGGCAGCGGCCGAUGCAGCGGCACACCUUCCAGGCCGGGGACCCCUACUACAUCAGCAAGAGGAAGCGCGACGAGUGGCUGGCACGCUGGAAGCGGGAGGCCGAGAAGAAGGCCAAGGUGAUCGCCGUGAUGAACGUGGUGGAGGAGCCGGCGCGGGCCGAGGCGCAGAAGGAGGAGGAGGCCAGCCCGCCGCCCGGGCCGCAGCAGCCCACCGACCCCGCCUCGCCCAGCGUGGCCACCACGCCCGAGCCCGCCGUGGCCGAGGCGGGCGACAAGAACGCCUCCAAGUCGGCCGACGACGAGCCCGAGUACGAGGACGGCCGCGGCUUCGGCAUCGGCGAGCUGGUGUGGGGCAAGCUGCGCGGCUUCUCCUGGUGGCCCGGCCGCAUCGUGUCCUGGUGGAUGACCGGCCGCAGCCGCGCCGCCGAGGGCACCCGCUGGGUCAUGUGGUUCGGCGACGGAAAGUUCUCGGUGGUGUGCGUGGAGAAGCUGCUGCCGCUGAGCUCCUUCGCCAGCGCCUUCCACCAGGCCACCUACAACAAGCAGCCCAUGUACCGCAAGGCCAUCUACGAGGUGCUGCAGGUGGCCAGCAGCCGGGCCGGCAAGAUCUUCCCUGCGUGCCCUGAGAACGACGAGACAGACACGUCCAAGGUGGUGGAGAUCCAGAACAAGCAGAUGAUCGAGUGGGCCCUGGGCGGCUUCCAGCCCUCGGGCCCCAAGGGGCUGGAGCCCCCCGAAGAGGAGAGGAACCCCUACAAAGAAGUUUACACGGAGAUGUGGGUGGAGCCCGAAGCAGCCGCCUACGCGCCGCCCCCGCCCGCCAAAAAACCCCGGAAAAGCACAACCCAGGAGAAGCCCAAGGUCAAGGAGAUCAUCGACGAGCGCACCCGAGAGCGGCUGGUGUACGAGGUGCGGCAGAAGUGCAGGAACAUCGAGGACAUCUGCAUCUCCUGUGGGAGCCUCAACGUGACCCUGGAGCACCCUCUGUUCAUCGGGGGGAUGUGCCAAAACUGCAAGAACUGCUUCCUGGAGUGUGCAUACCAGUACGAUGACGAUGGCUACCAGUCCUACUGCACCAUCUGCUGUGGUGGCCGAGAGGUCCUCAUGUGUGGCAACAACAACUGCUGCAGGUGCUUCUGCGUGGAGUGCGUGGACCUGCUGGUGGGCCCGGGGGCGGCGCAGGCGGCCAUCAAGGAGGACCCCUGGAACUGCUACAUGUGCGGCCACAAGGGCGUCUACGGGCUGCUGCGGCGGCGGGAGGACUGGCCCUCGCGCCUGCAGAUGUUCUUCGCCAACAACCACGACCAGGAGUUUGACCCCCCGAAGGUGUACCCGCCGGUGCCCGCUGAGAAGAGGAAGCCCAUCCGGGUGCUCUCGCUCUUCGAUGGCAUCGCCACAGGCUUGCUGGUGCUGAAGGACCUGGGCAUCCAGGUGGACAGGUACAUCGCCUCCGAGGUGUGCGAGGACUCCAUCACCGUGGGCAUGGUGAGGCACCAGGGCAAGAUCAUGUACGUCGGGGACGUCCGCAAUGUCACCCAGAAACACAUACAGGAGUGGGGCCCCUUUGAUCUGGUCAUUGGGGGCAGCCCCUGCAACGACCUGUCCAUCGUCAACCCGGCCAGGAAGGGUCUCUACGAGGGCACUGGGCGCCUCUUCUUUGAGUUCUACCGCCUGCUGCACGAAGCCCGGCCCAAGGAGGGCGACGACCGGCCCUUCUUCUGGCUCUUUGAGAACGUGGUGGCCAUGGGGGUGAGCGACAAGAGGGACAUCUCGCGCUUCCUGGAGUCCAAUCCCGUCAUGAUUGAUGCCAAAGAAGUGUCUGCAGCACACCGGGCACGGUACUUCUGGGGAAACCUGCCCGGCAUGAACAGGCCACUCGCGUCCACCGUCAAUGAUAAGCUGGAGCUGCAGGAGUGCCUGGAGCACGGCAGGAUAGCAAAGUUCAGCAAAGUGCGAACCAUCACCACCCGCUCCAACUCCAUCAAGCAGGGCAAGGACCAGCACUUCCCCGUGUUCAUGAACGAGAAGGAGGACAUCCUGUGGUGCACGGAGAUGGAGAGGGUCUUUGGCUUCCCCGUGCACUACACGGACGUGUCCAACAUGAGCCGCCUGGCCCGGCAGAGACUGCUCGGCAGGUCCUGGAGCGUGCCGGUGAUUCGCCACCUCUUCGCGCCCCUGAAGGAAUACUUUGCCUGCGUUUAGAGAUGGGCAGGAACUGGUCACACGGAGCGAGUCGGAAACAAACCCAUCCACGCCAAGAGAAGAGAACACACGGAAUGAGAGAAGAGUCAGCACCCAGAAGAGAGACGGGAUUUCGCAGCCCGACGGGAACCCAGCACACGUCUCCCCGAGCGAAAGGGGUCGGUGUCCUCUCCGGAAUUUCCCAGGAUCAGCUUUAGCUAUUUAAAAACAAACAAAAACCACAAGAAGCAAACGAAAACGAAGAUGGCGAAAGCAAACAAACGACGACGAAACAGAAGAAAAAAAAAAAAGAAAAAGAAAAGAAACCAAAACCUUUUUUUUUUUGGGUAACCUUUUAAUUUUCCGCUCUUUUCUGGCUGGGUUUUCCUGUCGGUUUGGUUUCCACUUCUCGGAGCAGCGGGCGAGACGAGAUGCCGUCGCCAGCGCCGCUCUCGGAGAGGGGGAAACGGCAGCGGGAAAGCCCAGUGGGGAGGGAGGCGGAGGCAAAGGAGACCCGCUCUGCUCCGAGACCCGCUCCGAGACCGCUCCGCUCCGUCCGCGCCAGCGCCCGGCCGGCCCGGCCCCGGCCCCGGCGGCUGAGCCUCGCUCUGUUCCACCAGCACCGCUCUCCGGUGACAUGGAGCCAACCCGGCAGGGAGGCCGGGAACACACACACCACACACACACCUUUUCUACAGUAUUUUGGGUGCCUACCACACGGAAACCUUGAAGAGAGCAGAUCCUAGAAGCCGCUGUUACCUCUUGUUUACAGUUUAUAUAUAUAUGAUAGAUAUGAGAUAUAGAUAUAUAUAUAUAUAAAAGGUACUGUUACUACUGUA